AUGUCGUCUGCCCGCUACUAUGCUGACCCCGCCGUGGCCACCCAAUUCGCUACAGAGCUCCUUAUGAAGGCUGGCCUCAACGAGGAACACGCCAAGUCGAUGGCUAACUGCCUGGUACUGGCUGACAUUCGCGGUGUUGACACUCAUGGCCUAGCCCGUCUUCCUCAAUAUAUUGACCGCGUCAGCAAUGGUCGUGUGAACGCGAAUCCUAACUUCAAGUUCACCGAGAAGACUCCUGUAGUGGCUCACAUGGAUGGCGACAAUGGUUUUGGUUUUGUCGUGGCCACUCGGGCUAUGGAGGAGGCCAUCAAGCGCGCCGAAAUCUACGGCAUUGGUCUCGUCGUGGCCAACCACUCGAACCAUUUCGGAAUGGGUGCCACAUACGUGAUGCAGGCUCUCGAAAAGGACAUGAUCUCCCUUGUUUUUACCAACUCGGCCAAGCAGAUGCCUCCUUUCGGUGGCAAGGAGACUCUACUCGGUAUCUCCCCCUUCGCCGCGGGUGCGCCGUCUGGAAAGGAGGUUCCAUACAUUCUGGACAUGGCUCCAUCAGUUGUGGCCAAGGGCAAGAUUCGCCGUGCUGCUCGCCGUGGCGAGUCUAUUCCACUUGGCUGGGCAGUUGAUGCCGACGGAAACCCCACUACCGAUGCUGAAGUCGCCCUGAGCGGAAGCAUGGCCCCCAUCGGUGGUCCUAAGGGUUCCGGAAUUGCGAUUUUGAUGGACGUCAUGUCCGGUGUUCUGAGCGGUUCUGCCUUCGGUGGUGAGGUCGGUGAUCAGUACAAGGACACUAAGCCCCAGGACGUGGGCCACUGCUUUAUCGCUCUCAAGCAGGAUAUCUUCCUCAGUGCCGCCGACUUUAAGGCCCGUAUGGAUACCCUUGUUCAACGCGUCCAUAAUGUAACGCCUGCGCCUGGUUUCAACGAAGUUCUCUUCCCCGGUGAGCCUGAGCAUCGUCUCGGCGUUCAGCGUCGCAAGGAAGGCAUUCCCUAUGCCGACGCCGAAAAGCAAAUGUUUAUCGACAUUGCCAAGAAGUUCGGUGUUUCUGAACUUCCUCUUGCCGAUUCUGCCUUGUCUUUGGCCUGA